GGACUGGGGGUUGGCUAGCUAUAUAUCCGGAAGACAGAUGGGAUAUUUCUCCAUGCUUAUUAAACGCGGAGUAAUAUGGCUUGUUUUAUAUUAUUUUAAUAUUUAAUUGUCGGCUGAGCAUAUCGACUUCAGUUUAUGUUCUCAUUGAAAGCCCAUUUAUACCAGAGGAUCCUCAAUGAGGAAACAGCGCAAGAAAUAAUAGUAGAAGUCCCGAGUGGCAAGAGCAACAGCUUCUCUUUACCGUUCCUAACAUAGCCUACGAGCAUAGGUGCAAAGAAAAGGCAACACUCGCCAGAAGCGUGGACAGUGGACACAGUAGGUCUAUGAGACGGUGAAUCAUGAGAUUAACAGGCCCCCUCAGAGCUGCGGCUGUGUUGCUGUUGGUGGGGCUCACCUGGCUGCUGGCAAACACCUUCUUUGGAGGGGAGAGUGGUUCAUCUGUGCGGCAUUUCUUCGGAAGUGCAAGCAAAGAACCAACGCCUGCUGAACCCCGCCCUCGAAGGUAUAAAUGUGGACUUUCAGCUCCCUGUCCCCCAAAACAUUUGGCUUUCCGCCUGGUGUCUGGUGCUGCCAAUGUCAUUGGGCCCAAAAUCUGCCUGGAAGACAAGAUGUUAGUGAGCAGUGUGAAGAACAACGUUGGCAGAGGACUAAACAUAGCUUUGGUGAACGGUGUGACAGGAGAGCUCUUGGACACAAAGAAUUUUGAUACGUGGGCAGGAGAUAUUUCUGAGCUGUUGAAGUUUCUCCGGCCGCUCCAUGAAGGAACACUCGUGUUCGUUGCUUCCUUUGAUGAUGCAGCUACAAAGUUGAAUGACGAGUCUCGCCGACUGUUUGAGGAGCUUGGGAGCACGGCAGUGAAGGAGCUGGCCUUUCGAGACAGCUGGGUGUUUGUUGGAGCAAAGGGCAUUGAGAAUAAGAGUCCCUUUGAGCAGCGUAUGAAGAACAGUAAGAGCAGCAACAAGUAUGAAGGUUGGCCCGAGUCGCUGGAGAUGGAUGGCUGUAUUCCUCUGCGCCCACCCCUGGAAGCAUAAUACGGCCCGAUGCUCUUACGUACAGUACAUCAAGACCUGGAGUGGCAGGAGUGCAUCCAAAUGACUUUUUAAAAAGCUGCUGAAUAACUGAAACCAUC